AUGAAAAAACUGUUAUGGUGUAAUCUCAAGUUGCCCUUCAGCAGGGAUGGUGAACGUCGAAAAGAACACGUGAAUAGCUCGGUGACCAAGUCAAACGUCAUUAAUGAAGAAUACAAAGAAGCCUUCAGGACAAAUUCUUACAUAGAAAUUUGCAAGAAAGUUCAGGGCCAACUGGAAAGAAAAAGUACUGAUAAUGGACCCUCCUCGUCCCCGUCCCCGUCCUCAUUCUUAUCCUCGUCAUCUUCAUCUUCUUCAAGGAAUGUCUCUCUCUCCAAGUUUCUACAUGAACCUUGUCAAGAAACCCUAGCCCACAUGAUUGAAAACUCGGAGCUUCAUCAACUUCUAGUCAAUUACUUUGAGAUUAGUUUAGAAGCCUGCAGAUUAUGUGAAUUGCUCCUCAAAAACGUCCACAAAGUACGUGCUAAUUAUCACGUAAUAAAAACCACAAUAAAGCAAAUGAAGAAUGAGGUACCUGAUGGUGCAAGUUGGAAUACAGACGAUAAAUGCCUUGCUGUUUAUAGAAAUCUUGCUUCAUUUGUCAUGCUUAAGAACCCCUUAUCAACAAUAACCCCAUUACAAUUCCACGAAUUACACGAAAACCACUCACUUUUUCUUCACAAAUUGACAUCCGAAUGUAGAAAAACGAAGAGGAGAACAAAAUUGAGAAAAUGCAUAAACAAGGUCAUGAGAUACGUUUUGCUUGGGGCAUGUGGCGUAUUAGUCAUUCCUUUACUGAUUCUUGCAAUUCACAGCAUGACAGGGAUAGUGGCUGCACCUGCGGGGUUGUUUGUUCUCAGUUCUUUAAGCUUAUUUUUGAAGAAAUUAAAAGUAGCCAAAAAGAAGUCAAAGAAAACCCCAAAUGAAAGGCUAGGAAUGCAGCUUGAUAUUGCAGCAAGAGGGGUUUAUAUAUCGAUCAAUGACUUUGAUACAAUAAGCAGGUUGGUGCAGAGGCUUCACGAUGAAUUGGAACACGAGAAAUUUGUAGCAGAUAUUUGUGUUAGGAAAGGAAAGAAUGAGAUUUUGAAGGAAGUUUUAAGAGAAUUUCAGAUACAUGGAUCUUCAUUUUUGGAGCAAUUAGAAGAACUUGAGAAGCAAAUAUAUCUGUGUUUUCUUGACAUAAGCAGAUCAAGAAGGCUACUUUUUGAAGAAAUGAUCAAGUGA